CUGACAACAACAACAGUUUACAGUGUGUGAGUGAAGCACGCUGGACCGCUGGGCGCCGCGCCUUGUGGGAGUGUUUGUCACCUGCACCUUAUUGUUUGUUAAGAAGCCUCAGUGUUGACCUCCCUAUAAAAUGGCAAGAAAUGCAGAAAAGGCAAUGACCACUCUGGCCCGGUGGCGUGCAGCACAGGAGGGAGGCGCUCAGCAGCAGAAGUCUCGCCGUCCAUACUUGGCCUCUGAGUGUGAAGACUUGCGGGAGGCUGAGAAAUGGAGGAACCAGGUGAUCUCAGAGGUGGCUAGGAAGGUCUCCCAGAUACAGAAUGCUGGUUUGGGUGAGUUUCGGAUUCGGGAUCUCAACGAUGAGAUCAACAAGUUGCUGAGAGAGAAGGGCCACUGGGAGGUACGCAUCAAGGAGCUUGGUGGCCCAGAUUAUGGUCGUGUUGGUCCCAAAAUGACAGAUAUGGAUGGACAGGAGGCACCAGGCAACAGAGGCUACAUGUAUUUUGGAGCUGCCAAAGACCUUCCAGGUGUGAGGGAGCUGUUUGAGCAGGAGCCGCCACCUCCACCACGCAAGACCAGAGGAGAACUAAUGAAGGAUAUUGAUGCUGAUUAUUAUGGUUACCGAGACGAUGACGAUGGCGUGCUCAUCCCUCUGGAGCGGCUAGAGGAAAAAACAGCCAUUAAAGCAGCCAUCAGAGAAUACAAGAAUAAAAAGUUGGCAGCCAUGAGUAAAAAUGAAGAUGAGGAAGAAACAGCAGAUCCAAUUAGAAUGGAGGAGGAAGAUGAGGAUGAGGAAAGUGAAGGUGAACAGAUAUCUCCUGAUGAAACAGACGAGAGGUCCGAGGUGGCACGCUUCAUGGCCCACGUCCCCAACAUCCCCAGCCAGGCUGAUAUUGAGGCAGCGCUGGUGGAACGUAAGAAGCGAGAGCUUUUAGAAACUUUCCUAGGAGAUUAAGAUUGUUCUUGUAUCUAUGUUAUUAUCCUUGUUGACAGCUUUAGGGCUGUUUUCUUCUUGCAUAUUUCUUAUUCCUUUUCUCAAUAUUUAGUGAUUGUACAUAAUAGUUGAACUUUUUUUGUUCCACUGUAGAUGACUUUUUUUUCUUUUUUUACAAUAACAAUUUUUACUCUGUAGGCUGUCAUAAGAAGCAGGGAUAAUUACUAGGCUAGACAAAGGUUAGGAAUAAAACACACGGCUAUGAAAAGUAUCUUUCGACAUAUUUUCUCUCUGAUCUACUAAUCAGUACAAAAAAAAAGUAUAGGUUUACUUUAAGUUUUCCUUUGUACUAUUUAUAAUCUAUAAAUAUUUUUAUGAUA